AUGUCCACACCCAUCUCCCCCACGACAACCCACACCGGCACCUGCCUCUGCCGCGCCAUCCACUUCACCGUCACCGGCGCCCCCACCGCUGUCUACUGCUGCUACUGCCGCGACUGCUCCCUCGGCGCCGGCGGACCCUGCCAGAUCACCGCACGCUACCCCCGCUCGCACUUCACCCUACACGACACCGACAGCCAACUACGCACCUACGCAAUCACCGAUACGACGAGCGGGGCCCCCAAACACAAGUACUUCUGCGGAAGGUGCGGGUGCACCGUCUACACUGUCCCGCGCGCGACUGAGGGCGGCGGGGUUGUGGUGGUGCGGCCGGCGUUGAUUCCGGAUGGGUUGGAGAUCUUCUCGCCGCAGAUUGAGUGUUUUACGAGGUGUCGGCCGGGGUGGUUUGCUGGGUGUGAGGGGGUGGAGGAGGGGUUUGAGGGGAGUUCGAGGGCUUAA